UAUAGACUGACCCCUGGCUGUUUAGGCAACUAAACACACUUCAUGAUGCUCCUAUGUGAGAAGGAGACUGAAAAGAUGGACAACAUAGACGCCAUGUUUAGUGACCUGCUUGGAGAGAUAGAUAAUCUCUCUCAGAGUUUAAUGCCACCAGCGGACACACCAGGAGGGAACAACGCUUUACAGACAGAUCGCACCUUCUCCAUUGGCUUCACAGACCUGAAUGAGUCUCUUAAGGAACUGGAGGACCAUGACCUUGAUGCUCUGAUGGCUGACCUAGCAUCAACCACCUUAGAAUGUAACUUCCCCACAGAUCAACAGGCCGACAGCUAUGCAAAUAAUGAAAUUCCAGCAUCAGGUAUGAUUCAGCAACCUGAGACAGCAGCUGAACUUCCUCCACCUUCCAACUCCGCUGAAUCCUCUGGAGGGCUGCAGAUGAGCGAACCACAGACAAAGGGAGACAAAAUUAAACUGGCACUGGAAAAGCUGAAAGAAGCCAAAGUGAGAAAGCUAAUAGUAAAAGUGCUGAUGAGUGACGGCAGCUCCAAGACACUGAUGGUGGAUGAGAGACAGACAGUCCGAGAGGUUUUGGACACGCUGUUUGAGAAGACACACUGUGACUGCAGUGUUGACUGGAGCCUGUGUGAGACCAAUCCUGAACUGCAGAUCGGUGAGAUAAUCAAGAACACAGACAGACACACAGAUGCCAAGAAGAAUCUCCACAGAGGCAGGAUACAGUAUACAUGUGUUUUCAACAUUUCAGAAAGAGGCUUUGAAGACCACGAACACUUAGUGGAGCCCCUGUCUGCGUGGACUCGUCUCAGUGAAAACAACAUUUAUUUUGCCUCAAGACCUCAGAAGUAUGUGAUGUUCAAAAACCCUCAAGUAUUUUACAUGUGGAAAAAGAAGAAAGCAUGUUUGAGCGAAAUUAACGAGCAAGCCAAACAGCUCUUACUUCAGGAGCAUUUUGGAGGUUCCACUCUGAUUGUUCCUGAUCUUGAAGGUACGCUUUACCUAAAGGAGGAUGGGAAAAAGGUUUGGAAACCUCGCUACUUUGUGCUCAGGGCCUCAGGCAUCUACUAUGUACCCAAGGGAAAGACAAAGUCUUCCAGCGAUCUUGUUUGCUUUCUCCAUUUUGACAAAGUCAACAUCUAUAACACCAAGCACUUCAAGCUGAAAUACAGAGCUCCCACAAACUUCUGCUUCAUGCUUAAGCAUCCCUGCAUCCAGAAAGAGUCGGACUACAUCAAGUUCCUCUGCUGUGAAGAUGAACAUACACUGUUGCUUUGGGUCAACUCCAUCAGAAUAGCCAAGUAUGGGACUGCCCUGUAUAAGAACUAUCAGGCUGCAAUGGAGAGAGCUCACCCCUCUGCCUCACACAAGGACAGAUACAACUCGAAGGUCAGCACACAACCGGCUCCACCCAAAACUACAAAGGUCGAAGACUACCCUCACGAGCCCCCGCCUGACUUCAUCCCUCCUCCACCUCCUGGACACACACAAGUUUAAGGCGUCCUUCAGUAGGCCUGGAUAAGUGGAAUGGAUACCACUCAAUCUGGAAAAUGUCUUAACUUUGAUGCCAGUAGUCACAUUAUUGCAAUGCACACACAGUAACAUAACAUUUCAUAAUGCAAAAGAACACAUUUUAUUUGUAACCAUAUGUAUGAGGAUAUUUAAUUUUGCAAUCAAUACUUUUUUGCACACUGACGACACGCUCCAAACUGUUCUGUUCAUUGUUUCAAUGAGCUGUUUAUUACAAAAAGACUGUACAUAAAUUUCAAUGAACACAUCCUAUGUACAAACUGAGAGGAGAAGACAAAUAUCGGAUUCUGUUCCCAUGAACAUUUAAGUUACUGAUGCCCCCCCACCCUACGUUUCAUCAUUAAGAAAACACACAUCAAAGAAAUGCGCCUUGACCUGUGAUGCCCUGAAAUGCGAGACGUUAAGUGGUAAACAUUACAAAGUUCUGUACGUCAGUGGUUGUCUCAUGAUUUCUCUAUGAAAAAACUAUAAAUUAAUCCUUAAAAUACAAACUGCUAUAGCCAAACCUUCCUCAGCAGUCUCAGACACAAAACAAGUUGAAUGCAAAGCUAGAAAUACAUUAGGUAGAAAAGUUUCACAAAAAAAUGACCUCAUGAUGGAAUAAAUACAAUCAUAAUGGGAUGAAAUGGCAAAUCGCAACGGUUAAAUACCUUCAUGCACAAUGGCCGAAUGAAUACUGUUGUAUUUUGGUUCGUCUGUAUCCAUUUCAAAAUAGAAGUGUGUGUUCAAUGCCCGUUGUUCGCAAAGUACAUGAUUAUGUUUGCUUGUGUGGCUUGUUACAAACAUAUAUUAAAAAAUGAAAAUGUGCUUUGA